AAAUUGCAUUAUCAGUUUCAGUCGACUCAGAAUCGUCGAAUAGUUCGUACGAAUAGAUCGUGCCAUUAAAUUUGCUUUAAAAUCGGUUCUUUUGCUCUUUCAGGAGUCAACAUUGGAAGUUUGUUACACAUUUGAUUGUGUAUCGUACGAGUCAACAACACACGUGUUCAAUUUUUUGCAUUAAAAAAAAACUAAACUAAAAAAAUCAAAAUGUCUACUGUUGAUAAAGAGGAAUUGGUCCAAAAAGCAAAACUCGCUGAGCAAUCGGAGAGGUACGAUGAUAUGGCACAAGCUAUGAAGUCAGUAACAGAAACCGGCGUUGAGUUGUCCAAUGAAGAGCGGAAUCUGUUGUCUGUUGCUUACAAAAACGUCGUUGGUGCACGCAGGUCUUCAUGGAGAGUAAUUUCUUCAAUUGAACAAAAAACCGAAUCAUCUGCACGAAAACAACAACUUGCUCGUGAGUACAGAGAACGUGUUGAAAAGGAACUUAGGGAAAUCUGCUAUGAUGUCUUGUCCCUGUUAGACAAAUAUUUGAUCCCUAAAGCAAGUAACCCAGAGAGCAAGGUCUUCUACUUGAAAAUGAAAGGAGACUACUAUAGAUAUUUAGCUGAAGUUGCAACUGGUGAAACACGUAACACUGUCGUAGAUGAUUCUCAAGCUGCUUACCAGAAUGCCUUUGAAAUUAGUAAGGGCAAAAUGCAACCAACGCACCCAAUUCGAUUGGGCUUGGCACUUAACUUCUCAGUCUUCUACUACGAGAUCCUAAAUUCACCGGAUAAGGCCUGCGAAUUGGCUAAACAGGCAUUCGAUGACGCUAUCGCUGAAUUGGAUACUCUCAAUGAAGAUUCAUACAAAGAUUCCACACUCAUCAUGCAAUUGUUGAGAGAUAAUCUCACCUUAUGGACAUCAGACACACAGGGUGAUGGCGAUGAGCCAGCUGAAGGAGGAGAUAACUAACAACCAAACGCAACUGCGAAAGCAACAGAAACAACAACAACAGCAACAGAUGAUAAUUAAAUAAAAAAAAAACAUUUAACAACUUUCAUCUACUACAAAGAGACGUACAUUUCUAACCAAGAUCUAACUAAACAAAAGAAGAAGAAAAAAAUGCAUCAAGACGAACAGCAGACAUCAAAAAAUUAAUUCCCUUUUGUUUUAAUUUUUAUUUAUACCAUUUUUUUUUUGGCUGACUACAAAUAAUAAAAAAAAUAUAAUUUAUAAAACGUUAACAGAACAAGAAAGCAAGUAAAAUUUUCACGUCAGAAGUUUUCCAUCAAUAAUUUCAACGAUCCUUCCAAUUAAUAAUUUUUUUUAUCAAUUAUUACCGUUAUCGUCCAGUAAUCGCCUAUCAUAGUAUUUAUCAAUUUGCAGGCUUAGAAUUAUCUUUCGAUCAAAAAUAUUUGAAAAAAGGGAAAUUAACUUCUCAGCAGCUAAAAAUUAUUUUGAAACAAAAAAAAAUACUUAUAACUUUUAUUCUAAUAUAUUAAAUUAAUAUUGAUGAAACUUAAACAAAAAAAAAAACAGAAACGUUAUAUAGUUGAAUGUAAUAAACAUCAAAAAGAAUAAAAAGAACCAGAUAGCCCCAGUCAGUAAAUUUAAAGUUAUUUUUGUUUUUUAUUUCUAAAUUUUUUUAAAAAAAUUUCCUUCCUCCUUAACUUUCUCACACACACACUCGUUAUGUUCCCUCCUCGAUUUUAAUGCACUUUUUUACCCCUCGUUGAGUCAGAGAUUUUUUUUUAUUAAUUAUUAUUAAAAAUUUUUAUUGAUUUAUUAUUUUAUUAAAAAAAAGAUGAUUUAUUAUUAUUAUAAAAAAAAAAUUGAAAAUUUAAUUUAA